UGGUUUCGGUUGACAGUCGCUUUUGCAACGAUCGAGCGAGCGGUAGAUCGUUAGAGCUUCCUCCAGUACUAUUUGUAUUUUCUGGGCCACAAUCUACAGAGCCUACGUAGAGAAAGGAACCUGAAUCGGGACAGCCAACGCAGCCAUCAGGAGUAAACUAGGACACACUCAUAACUCAAGACCAUGAGCCAGCAGAGUCAACUGAAAACAGAGCAAUUGCUCUUCGAGGAAAAGCCCCUGUAUGUGCCCCCAUUGUCGGAGCUGCAGAAUGUCAUACAGGGUGCUCUGAACACCAACUUCGCCAAUGUGUCCGUCAGUGUAGGUCCUUGCCCCGACCUCAAGGCCAAGCAGUUCGGCCUGGUUGAGAGCGGACUGGGCGGCAAGCCCACCCUGCUGGAGGCCGGCGGCCCACCCUUUUUGCUGCCCCUCGUCCAGCGCGACAAGCUGUACAACAUCACCGAGAUCACCCGCCAGAUCCAGGGUCCCGGCAAGAUCUUUGCCGUGGGUGCCGGAGCUGGUCCUUGGCCCAUUCGCGGCUCCAACUGCGAGGGCAUCUUCAACCUGUCCGUGAGCGAGAAGAACGAGCUGACGAACGGCAGCUACACCGCCACUGUCCGGGGAGAGAAGGAGGAGUGCGUGCUGGAGAAGAUCCCUCACUCAGAGCCCCGAUGCGCCCUGCUGCUGAACCUCUUCCUCAGCCAGGGACAGCCCGGUGAGGUUAUCAAGAUCACUGCCAAGCAGCGUACCGGAGAGCAGAACUUCAUCGAGUGCAUUCGCAAGGGGCUGGAGGAGUACUACGGCGACAAGGUGGUGGGUCUGGGCGGCAUCUUCCUGAUCAAGAAGGGAGCUGCCCACCAGCACGUGAUGCGCGACUUCAGCAAGACGCCCAUCAACUCCGACGAGGAGGUGAACGAGUGGCUCAAGUUCUACGAGAUGCCCGCCCAGCUGAACGCCGUCGGCACUCUGGUGACUAAGGAGCACGACCUUGACCUUCGCCUGCAGCACUUCCACUCCUUCUCCUUCACCAACUGGGGAGGUCACUACCACUACGACACCACCCCGGACAUCGUGGAGUACGAGGCGUAUCUGAAUGUGGCCGAGCGGGUGGUGCGCGUAGAUAAGCCCGUUUCCACUCACAAGGUGGGACGGGACUGAGAUCUUAUCUCACCCAUCUAGUUGUAGCCGACAUUUCCAUUGCCUCAGCCCUAUUAUAAAUAAUAGUACAUAAACUUAAAAAUAAACUA